CUGAAAAUGGUACACAAUACAAUUCAGAUUGUACUCGACAACGUUGGACGACACGUAACGAAUCCCGAAGAAGAGAGUCCAGAAAAGCAGAAUGGCGACGAAGAUGUUAGCCGCAAGGGCAACGUCACGUAUGCCAUCGACGACGUGCCGCCAUGGUACCUCUGCAUCUUCAUGGCUUUACAGCAUUACCUGACGAUGAUUGGCGCCAUAGUGGCGAUCCCGUUCAUUCUAUGCCCCGCCUUGUGUAUGCAGGAGACCGACCCUGAUCGCUCCAACAUCAUAUCCACCAUGAUAUUUGUAACUGGUCUCAUAACCUGGUUGCAAGCAACCUUCGGGUGCCGUCUUCCCAUUGUGCAAGGCGGCACGAUCUCCUUUCUGGUGCCGACUCUGGCCAUCCUCGGCCUGCCCGCAUGGAAGUGUCCGCCUGCUGACGCGCUAGCAGCCAUGACAGAAGAUCAGCGCCGUUUCGUGUGGACCUCGAGGAUGUGUGAGCUAUCUGGAGCUAUUGCUGUCUCUGCGCUUUUUCAAUUGUUUUUGGGUUACUUUGGUGUAGUAGGCUCUGUGCUGCGCUUUGUGACACCGCUGACUAUUGUGCCAACGGUGUCUUUGGUAGGCCUAACGCUCUUCGAUCACGCCGCCGAGGCCGCGGCGCAGCAGUGGGGCAUUGCAGCCGGAACAUUCAUUCUCCUAACAAUUUUCUCACAGUGCAUGGGCAAUGUGAAGAUUCCGACUAUGGCGUAUAAUCGAGAAAAAGGAUGUGCACUUGUUUGGUUUCCACUCUUCAAACUGUUCCCUGUCCUACUGACCAUAGUAAUUAUGUGGUCGGUCUGCGGCAUCCUCACUGCCACUGGAGUAUUCCCGGCUGGUCAUCCUGCGCGAACAGAUUUGAAAGUCAACAUCAUUGAAGACGCUCCGUGGUUCAGAGUGCCCUACCCUGGUCAAUGGGGUGCACCCACAGUAAGUGUGGCCGGAGUGCUCGGCAUGUUAGCCGGCGUCAUCGCCUGCACAGUGGAGUCUAUCAGUUACUACCCUACAACGGCUAGGAUGUGUGCCGCUCCUCCACCACCUUUGCAUGCCAUCAACCGAGGCCUUGGCACAGAGGGCCUGGGCACGGUGUUGGCCGGACUUUGGGGCUCCGGUAACGGCACCAAUACCUUUGGAGAGAACGUCGGAGCUAUUGGUGUUACAAAGGUAGGAGCUCGUCGUGUGGUACAAUACGCCGCAGGUCUGAUGGUGCUGCAAGGCGUGGUUGGCAAGCUGGGCGCAGUCUUCAUUAUUAUCCCGCAGCCAAUUGUCGGCGGCCUCUUCUGCGUCAUGUUCGGCAUGAUCGCAGCUUUCGGUCUGUCAGCUUUACAAUACGUAGACCUGAACAGUUCUCGGAACCUGUACAUCAUCGGCUUCAGCAUGUUCUUUCCGCUAGUUCUUACUCGUUGGAUGGCUGAGCACAGCGGUGUCAUACAGACCGGAGUCGAGGCUUUAGACGCUGUACUACAAGUUCUCUUGUCUACUUCCAUUCUGGUAGGAGGAGUUGUUGGGUGUCUAUUGGAUAAUUUGAUACCAGGCACUGAUGAAGAACGAGGUCUGGCAGCUUGGGCUAAGGAAAUGUCGCUGGAUGCAGCUGGUGCCUCCGAAGAAGGAGACACUUACGACUUCCCCAUCGGCAUGAACCUGAUACGAAGGUGGGCAUGGACCCGAUAUCUCCCGUUCAUGCCGACUUACGAAGCCGGGAAGUUCACCCAGCUGUUCAAGAGGAAAAAGGAGAGUUGAUACUUUUACGUUUGAAUCAGAGCAAGAUAGUGAACAUCGGCUGCUGGCUAAACAUUUAAGAAGACCGGGGAACAACGAUCAAAGUCACCUAAAAACAUGUUUUGAGGAAACACUGUCGUCUAAUUCGUUAAAUGCUGAGCGUAGUUCACUAUCCUGAAAAAUACAUUUUUAGUUUUAGGCAUAAAAUGCUUGAGACUGAAAUGGUAGAAAAAUUUAAUAAUAUUUAUAAAGGUUUUUUUAGGUAAAAUGGAUUACAUAGGGUUACACAUAUUAUGUCAACAUUGACUUUAUUCUGGAA